GCAUCAUCCACCGAGAGCUUGGACAUCCGCCUGACAACUUCCCACUGUAAUUACACCGCGCUACGGGGCUGUACACUUGCAACAACCCGACCUGAUUUCCUCGAGAUAACCUCAACCCAAUCGAACUGAUUCCCAUUGACCGAGUAUCAAUCUCCGCCUUGUCCCUUUUAUCUCCGUGACCAUCUCGUCCAAUUGAACGUCAAUUGCUCCCAUCAUCUCGAGUACGGUCAAUCAGCGCUCAGUCCCGUCGACGACCGCAUCACCACCCGAACCCGAAGCCGUUGCCCCCGGACCUAGGUCACCAUUGCGGUUCACGGCCCUUCGGCUCUAGAGAGGUAGCUGCUCGCCAACUUUCCAACUCACUUACACGUUACCUAUACAACGACUACGAAGUCAACCGCGACAAUGCCGCCAAAAAUCGAAUCGCAGGAAAUCGAGACGUACUGGAACAUCUUCUCGGCGCGAACAAAUGGCGGCAAGUUCCUGACGGGCGAGCAGGCGGCGCCCGUGCUGAAGAACAGUGGCCUGCGCGAUGACCAGUUGGAGCGCGUGUGGGAUCUGGCCGAUGUGGACAAUGACGGGAACCUUGAUUUCGAAGAGUUCUGCGUUGCGAUGAGGGUCAUCUUUGACCUUUUGAACGGGGAAUACGCAGAUGUCCCGACAACUCUCCCAGACUGGCUUGUCCCCGAAUCCAAAGCCCAUCUUGUGCAGGCGAACCGCGCGCUGACCGGCAAGGCGCCGAAAUUCGAGCAAGUCGAAGAUGAAGAUGAUACACCCGGCUUGAAGGAUGGGUUCGACUGGUACAUGAGCCCGGCGGAUAAGUCCAAGUACGAGCAGAUCUAUCAAGAAAACCGGGAUAUGCGCGGCGAGGUUUCCUUCGCCGCCCUCCAAGACCUCUACGACUCCCUCUCCGUUCCCGACACCGACAUCCGCUCCGCCUGGAACCUGAUCAACCCGUCCGCCUCCUCGACCAUCAACAAAGACGCCUGCCUCGCCUUCCUGCACAUCCUCAACUACCGCCACGAAGGGUUCCGCAUCCCGCGCACCGUUCCCGCCUCGCUGCGCGCCUCCUUCGAGCGCAACAAGAUCAGCUACAACGUCAACGACCCGUCGCAGUCGCGCUGGGCCCAAAAGGCCGACGACGAGACCUCCACGGGCCGCAAGGCCAAGUUCGGCGACCAGUACCUGACGCGCCUGGGCCGCUCCUCGUUCAAGACGGCCGGCACGGAUUUCUCGUCCGAGCAGAAGGACGACCAGUGGGAAGAGGUCAGGCUGAAGAAGCAGCUGGCCGAGCUGGAGGAGAAGAUGGCUAAGGUCGAGGAGGCGGCGAACCGUCGCAGGGGCGGGAAGAGGGAUACGAAGCCGGCGCUGGUCAAGAGGGAGCUGGAGCAGCUGUUGGAUUAUAAGCGCAAGGAAUUGAGGGAUCUGGAGGAGGGCAAGGGGAAGGCGGCGGCUGGUGGGAGCCUGAAGAGCGUGGCGGAUGACUUGGCGACGGUUAAGGAGCAGGUGGAGGGGCUGGAGGCGCAUUUGAGGAGUAGGCAGGAGGUGUUGGAGCAGCUGAGGAGGGAGAUUGAGGAGGAGAAGGUUGGGAGGUAAGCUUGUGAGGGUUAGCACGAGGGGAUGGGCUGAAAAGAGAGAGAGAGCGGGCUGGAUGAUUUUGUUGGGUUCCUCGAGAUGAGGAUCAUGGAAUGAUUGGGUUUUCACUUGUGUCUAACUUUCUAAGACAGCAUAAUCUCUUAAUGGUAUUCAGUGGAGUCACAGCAAGCUACCUGAUGGUUCAUAUCUUAA